UUUGUUUUUUAUUGUACCGUGCCCGCCGCUCCACACUAGGCGGUGUUUGUUUACCGCGUCCCGGGACCGACAUCCUACCACGGUCUCCGGCCGCCACCACCCACGGGCCACGGACGGCAGCCUCGCUGAUCAGCAGUGGCAGUGGGGCCCGGGCGCCGCCUGGCCACAGCAGCACAGUGCACACGUUCGGCUCAGUGCUUCACAGACACGGCGUCUCACACAGUCAGACACUGCUGCACGCGCACGCGACACGCUCAUAUCCAAACCGCGCACACACAUACACACACACACACACACACGUACAUCGACGAACAUCGCACAGGCAUUGCGCAGCGCACGCACGCACGCACAAAGAUACAAAGACGUAUCGCGCAAAUCGCAGCUGAUCUCCUCACACAUUCUCACCACUGACACUCUCUCCAUCGCUGAAUCAUACACAGACAUGUCAAUAUGACGGCUGUGACGAACGAAUCUGUGAAUAACAAUAAUUAUAACAACAACAACAACAACAACAAUGAAAAUCCGUGCAAUUUUUUCCUCGUGCGCGGACGUACGUCGUAUUAUCGUUUUAGACACAAUUGAGUCUUUGGGCGCAAUGUAGAAGCGGACGACACACUCAUAUGUGUAUAUAUAUAUAUAUAUAUAUAGAUUUAUUUAUAUAUAUAUAUACAUAUAUAUAUAUGUACAUAUAGCGACGAGAAAAAUUUGCACAUAUUCUAGACUGAACGUCUAGAAUACAAUGUCUUCUCCUAACCAACAACCAGUUGUAGAGGACAUUGUCUCUAUUUUUGAAACAACUCAAAAUCAGUCCUGGUCCAUAUUCAACGAUAAACUGAACAGUGUUUCCAAUAAAGACUCUAAGAAAAAAGAUCCAGUUAAAUCAGAUAAUUAUAUUACUUUAUCUAGUGAUGAUGUUCCUGUAUUUGGCUUAGUCCCUCGACUUGAUAAAGUGAUGUUAGUUUCAUGUAAUGAAUGUGCAAUGAUAGUAAAAAGAGAUUGUAUACAUAGCCAUUUUUAUCGCCGUCACAACAGUAAUAAUGUUAGUCAUUCAGAAGCUGAUAAAUUUUCACUAGUUAACUUUUUAUGCCCUGUAAAAACCAAUAAAAAUAAAAAGCUAAAAAUGACUGUUCGAAAGCCUCCCGAAAAGAAAAUUAAUGAACGUGAAAAAGUUGAUACUGUUGUAAAGGAAAUAAAAACUGAAUUUGAUCAAAUAGAGUAUGAAAGAUUAUUAAAAACAAAUAGAGCAAAAAUCAAACAAGAAAAUACAACUGAAUAUGUCGAACAACAUAAUGUUGAUAUGGUAACAACAAGUUGCAACCCUAGUACCAGUUCUGGUAAUUUAGAUUGGGAUAUUAAACCAUGUAUUAAAAAUUUAACUCACUGUACUGAAGUUAAAGUAAAUGAAAAAAUUAUAGAGCAUGAUAAAGAUGUUAAUAAAUUAUCAACAGUAUCACUCGAUAAUAAAGAAGAUCUACAAAGUAAUAAAUAUUUAGAUACUCAGAGCAUUGAACAUGUUGUUAAUUAUGUUACUAGUUCUAAUGAGUUAUUAAAAUUAGAUCCAAUUAAAAAAAUUAAACCUAAACUAACUAUAGAUUUUUCUGGUUUUAUGUAUGGAUUUGAUGAAGAAUAUCAUAGAAAAUAUCGCAACUAUAAAAAUAAGUAUCAAAAAUUACCGCAUAAAAUAAAAAAUAUUAAAGAAAAAACUAAAUUAUCGAUAAAAAAUGAAUAUUCAGAUAUGGGCAAUAGAAAUGAUGAUGAUAUUGCAACUUUUUAUAAUCAAUCAUCAAAUACAUCUGCAGUUGAUGUUAAAAUUGAAUAUUAUAAAUUAUUUUCUGGAUUACAAAAUGACUGUGAACAAACAAAACUUUUUCCGUGCAAUAAAUAUUUAGAUGUAAAAAAUUUUAGUGUAAAAAAUGAAAUUUUUAGUGAUUCUUCUGAUACUAGUUAUCAUCAACCUACUGAAUCGCCGAAAGAAGAAUUUCAAAAUAUACCAAUUAAUAUAUAUCCAGAUGUGAAAAUAAAAGAAGAAUAUGAUGAAAAUAAUGACAAAUGUAAAGUUGAAUUAACCAAAUUUUCAACAGACAAUAAUCAUUUUGAAGUUAUGGAUAAUAUAUAUUCUAGUAAUGUUGAUAAUAAUCUUUCAACAAUUGUCAAAGAAGAAGUAACAUUAACGGAAAGCAGUGAAAAUAUAAUGAAUAAUGAAAGUACUGAUGAAUCUUUUAUUAGGAACAAUCAAUCUGCAAUUGCAUUACUGGAUAUUAAUGAAGUAUUAAGGCCUUAUUUAUUUUCUACCGAUAUGAAUGAAGAAUCAAAGUCUUUGUUAUUUACUACCAAUAUAAAUGAAGAAUCAAAGUCUUCAUUGAGCACAGACUUUAUUAAUAAAAAAUCUAAACAUUCAUUAAUCACCGAUUACAUUACUGAUAAUUCUUACACUGAAUAUUAUCAAUUAUAUACAAAUUCAAUUCCUCAACUUUCACCAAGUUAUAAGUAUUUAGAUGAUGACAAUUUGAAUGACGAACUUAAUUUACAGGAUGAAAAUAAUUUGCUCAAUUUUCAAGUGGAAGAAGAUUUGAAUGAUAAACUUAAUUUUCAGGGAGAAGACCAUUUAAAUAAUGAGCUGAAUUUACAGAGUAAAGACAAUUUAAAUGAUGAACUCAAUUUGCAGGUCAAAGAAGAGUUCAGCAAUGAAUUCAAUUUGCAAAUCAAAGAAGAGUUCAGCAAUGAAUUCAAUUUGCAGGUCAAAGAAGAGUUCAGCAAUGAACUCCAUUUGCAAGAUGAUGAUAUCAUCAAUGAAUUCAAUGAUUUUAACAAUGAAUUUAAUUUGCAGAGUGAUAAAGAUUUGAUCGAUGAAAUCAACUUACAGGCUGAAGAUGAUUUAAGUGAUGAAAUAAGUUUGCAUAGUGAAGAUGAUUUGGACUAUGAACUAAAUUUUCAGGGUGAAGAAGGUUUGAAUGUUGAAUUAAACUUACAGGGUGAAGACGAAUCGAGUAUGGACCUUGAUUAUCAGGAUGAAGAUGAUUUGAGAGAUGAACUCAAUUAUCAGAAAGUUGACGAUGAACUCGGUUUGCUAAGUGAAGACAAUUUAACUGAUGUAGACAAUUUAAGCAAUGUAGAAGAUAUGACUGAUGAAGAAGACUUAAAUGAUGAAGAAAACUUAAGUGGUAAAGAAAAUUUGGGUAGUGAUGAUGUUAAAACUAAUGACAAUUUAAAAUAUGAUUGCCCAAUACCAUCUCAAUUACUAAAUAAUGAAGAAGAAACAAAACAUAUACCAAGCAAGGAUUGUUCUGUUAUUAUAAAUAAUGAAAGUUCUAAUGAUGCUUUUACUGAUCAUGAUCAAUCAUCCACUGUAACAUUAGACAAUGAAAAAGAAUUAGAAUCUAAUUCUAUAAUAGAUGAUGCUUAUGUUAUGAUUGAUAAUCAUGGUAUUGUUAACAAUUUUGAAAAUAAGUAUUAUCGAUUAUCGCCUGAACUAUAUGACCACGACGCACAAACAUCAUUUACACCAAACUAUAAAUAUUCAGAUGUUAUAAGUAAUGAAAGUUCAGACAAUUCUGAUGAGUCUGUAUCAAUUCAUGAUCAAUCAUCUGUUGAAUUAUUAGAUGUUAGGGACAAAACAGAUCAUUCAUCAACUGAUCAUUCCUCUGAUUUUACAAGCGACGAAAGUUUGUAUAAUUCUGAUUCUACUACUAGUAGUAGUAAUCAAUCAACUGUAUUAUUUGAUAUUAUGAAAAAACCAAAAUAUACUCAAACCAAUUUCUUAGAAGACCACGAACAGUUUGUGAAUCGUAUUUCUAAGUUAGCAGAAUCAUUUGGUUUCGCAGAUGGUAAAAACAAUUGUACUAAAACCAAUGUACCAUUAGAAUGUAUGAAUUGUUAUAAAACCACUGAAGAUUUCGUUGACAUUUACGGCACUCAAAUCGAUGAACCUUCUGUUCCUAUUACCUCUAAUACUCAAAUUAAUGAAUAUGAUGUUAAUAAUUUUACUCCUAUUAGUUCAAGUGCUCAAAUUAUAAAUAAUACCAUCAUUCCCAAGGAUAUUGAAGAAUAUGAACUUAAAGAUAAUAAUGACUGUGAUUGUAAUGUUUCAAAUAAGUCACAUUAUUUAUCUCAUUUUCAUCCACAUCCUUAUAACCAGGCACAAAAUAAUAAUUUAAUGCAUAACCCUAUCAAUGAAAACAAUUGCAAAAUAUACAAUUCUGAACAUUACAAACCAAACGAGCAUAUUUUACACGGAAAUACAAUUAAUGAAGCGAUACCAUUUAUAAACAAAAAUAAUGAAAUUUAUAAAGAACUUAUGAAGAUUGUUGAUAAAAGUGUUCUUGAAAGAAAAUGUAAAAUAAUGCCAUAUGCCCGAAUAGCAAAGAAUUUAAAAAAAAAUUUAAAGAGACGAGUUGCUGAUGAUAAAGAAAAUCGUAAUCAUUCGAUAUCAAGAGGCUUUAAAAAAUUUAAGAUGGAAUUUAUAGAGAGAGAUUUUUCAUGCUCUGAUGAAUCUGACAAUAAUGAUAAUGUCGAUGAUUGAAAAUAUUAAUUUUUAGUUAUUUUACUAAGACUUCCUUAAGGUCUCAUUAUAUUAUAUUUAUUUGUUCCUGAUUUUAAAAUAAUUUUUAAUCUUCCAACUGAAAAAACAAUAUAUGUUGCCUAGUAACUAGUUUUAUUUUUGUCAAUAAUUAUUUUAUUAAUAUAAUUUUUUACUUUCUUUUUUUUAUAAA